GUCCUCUCCCUUUUUCCAACAACAGAUCAUGGGUGCUCCAACGGCGGGACCAAAAUGGAAACGUGAAAAGGUACAAGAUCACAAAUUUGACUAUGUCGACGUUGACGAAUUCCACGAUCCCUCUUGCUUGACCAGAACGAAAUAUAUGCUUUUAUUCUUGGUUGUCCUCAAAUCUGUUCUUGUCUACGCGGCCGAUAUGUGGACUGCUGUGUCGUUGCUGGUGGUGGGUAGCACUACCACUUUGAGUGAAAUCGAUAUUGGCAUAUCCAUUGAUGUGUCCAAAUACAUUUUCUUGGGUGCUAUUUUGAUCUCAUUUUUGCUGCUCUUCUGGGAUAUUCGGAAAGGUCGAACUAUUGUCGCUUCUCGUGAUAUUUCUUAUACAUUUACCUCGGUGUUUGCCAGUCGUUAUUACUCGCUCAAGGACUACAAUUAUUAUUGCUUCUUCUGCAAAAUUCAGAACUCAAAGAAGACCACCGAUGAAAUUGCAUUUUUUGUGUUUUUCACAUUGAAAGGAUGGAAAAGACUUUUAUUGGCAGAAGCACCACGUCAAGUCAUUAACGCUGUCACACUUUAUGCUCUUUUAAAACAAUGGAUAGACAACAACCAUUCACUUCAGCUACAGUCCCUUCUUGACUCUAUGAGCAAGGAUGUCAUCGCCAAAAUGAUGACUUAUACCAUGGCGUUCUCCUUUGUGAUUUUCGUCAUCUCCUUUUUCAUGAUCUGUGUGGCAGCUAUUCUCUACAUUCCUCUACUGUGUCACAUUCAAGGCAACUUGAAAGAAUAUUGUUGUCACAAAGUAGAUAAAAGGAUCUCUGAACUGCUAAAAAAGCAAGCCAAGAAGAGACAAGCCAAAGGAGGGCGGCAAGGAAAAGGGCCUUACCACGAUACCACUCACCCGCCCCUACGCAUGCCAGUGUUUCGCCGUACAUGGGACAUUAUCAAGCAAAUGAUACCUACGCUGAGGCUGAUCAUACCGCUUUAUUACAACAUGCACAAGAACCAUUUGGCCGACGUCCUUCAGGCGAAUCGGCUACAGGGAGUGAGAAUUAUCACCCCACUCGACAUGACUAUUACCGCCCACAAGCGCCACGAUACCCUGGUGAAUUCAUGCCUCCACCUCCAAGAUCAGAUAGUCCUGUAUAUAAUAGCCCUAGAACUUCACCUGCGCACGUCAACCAGAUACCUACUCGAUACCAAGAUCAAGCACCCUAUCAUACACAAACAAACUAUCGAGGCUAUUAAAGCGGAGUAGAUAUCUCUUAUUUUUUUUUUACGCCCAUGAACCAAUUACUUCCCCUCAUUACUUUAACUCCACCAAUAUUGGUGGGAUCAUCUGGGAUGAUCUCCCCACCAACCUGUAAAAGAUAAAUAAAAUACGAUGACAAUUUGCAAACAGCCCAU